AGGUCCGACGUCGCUUCUCAAAAACCGGAAGUGGUUCUUGUGUUGUUGCGUUAGAGCUACUGUCAUGUGAUAGCUCGCUCGAGAAGCUGCUGCUGCUUCUGACAGUAGCUCCUUACCUUUAGAUGAGGUUAUAAUACAACCACGCUGGAGACAACUUUUAUGUUUGCUAGAGAAGAACAGCACGACUGGUUUCUGACGGAGAGAAGGGACGCCGGGGUUGUGUAGUGUCGGCCGUCGGACGUUGCCAUGGGUUGCUGUUACAGCAGCGAGAACGAGAACACAACUCAGGAAGAGACAAAGCCGCUCAUCUCCCCGAACCCUCCCAGCAAACCACUAAAUGGCGGGACCGGCUGGAACCCUGGAACUAGCUCAUCAGCGCUGUCAAAUGAACAGGCCCUCCUUUCAUCCAUCCUGACAAAGACGGCACAGAACAUCAUCGACGUCUCAGCAGCAGACGCCAUCAUGGUGGAGCCGCAUGAGUACAUGGACAGAGCUCGACAAUACAGUACAAAGAUGACUGUAUUGAGCACCAGUCUGCCUCAAAACAAAGCCCUCGCUCUCCCCUCCCUCACCAGCCAGCCCCACCAAGUACUUGCGAGUGACCUGGUGCCAUACUCAGAUGUUCAGCAGGUGUCUAAGAUAGCAGCCUAUGCUUACAGUGCAAUAUCUCAAAUCAAAGUGGAUGCUAAAGAAGACUUGGUGGUCCAGUUUGCCAUUCCCUGAUUCUGCAACUCUGGCCUGCAUAUUGUUGCUCCAGUCCCACUUUCUUCAUGUCACUCCUGCAUCCUCAACCUCCAGCCCCACCCGUCAUUAAACAUUUUGGUCCUCCUGCUUUCUGCUUUAAACUGCUUCAAAGACGAAGACAAUGUAGGGUCUUACCCCAUGGCUGUCCUCGAGUGUAAUUAAUUUAGUGACAAAUGGAAGAUGGGUUUGAGCUCGUAUGUACAUCAGCGAGGCCUCCAGCUGUGGAAAUCAAACUUUUUGAUGAUCUCU